UCUUUAUUAUUAAAUUUCAUUCCGCUGCGAGUAGUUAUUUUGUGUAGCUCGAAAUAACGAAUUCCAGUAUAAAUACAUAAAAGUUUCAGUUUUGUUAGUUUAUUGUAAGGAAGGUACAAAACUAAAGGUUCCUAGUAAGGCGCAUGUUUAAAUAGAAACAAUGUUGUGGUUUAUAUUUUUUGGAGUUUCCGUUUCUGCACUCUUAUUAGGGAAUACGCACGUCCAGGCUGCUCCUAGAAUUUCCAAGAACCACGAAAAUGCAGUAUUUUCUCCUGCAAAAUUUAUGGGUAAAUCUACAGAACUCGUUUCAAGCAAAAUUAGACCAGAAAAAAUGUUUAACACCGAUCGUGAUAAAUCUAGUAACGAAAUCAGUACAUCUUCCAAAACUGAUUUUCUCAAGGAUAACGUGAACGCUCAAGUAGAUAAUAAAGAAGCCGAAGAAAAAAAUCUAUUAAUCAAAGAGGACAUUUAUAAGUUCGAUGAAGUGUUGCAACCUGAAAUGAAUUCAUGGCCUGGAAUUUUACAUUAUAAUGGUGGAUACAGUAUUUUUACUGUGGGUGUUUAUGAACCACAAAUUUUAAGUAUACCAUUUCAAAUUAAGAUUGGGGUUUUGUAAAAAUAGCAUAUUUUACACAAAAAUAAAAUGUUUGCUUUGUUCUAUUCACCCCUUUUAGAAACUUGAUGAUCGUCCCAAAAUUUUAUGCAGAGAAUCUUGUUUGAAAUUUAUAAUGUGAGACAUGUUUGUUUAUUAGUGGUUUAAUAUGUAAUCUAUCUUGCAAUUGUUUUUUUUUAGGUCAACAUCACCUAAAACAAAAAAAACUCAACUGAACUGAAACGCGUCCACAAUUUUUUAUGAAUAGACCAAUUAACUUUAUUGGUUAUUUUAUUAAUUAAA